AUUAAAAGCGCGGCCGGCGGCCAACCGCCAGAACACACGGCAACGCAGAGAAUGUCGCCGUGCCUCCCGGUGUGCCUGUGCCUCCUGCUGGCGGCGGCCGCCGCGCUGCCCAGCGGCGUGCCCGCCCUUGAGACGGGUCUCGAGAUCAUCGGGGGCGACACGGCCGACAUCAAGAGCGUGCCCUACCAGGUGUCCAUCGAGCUGAAGAAGGCCCACCACUGCGGGGGAUCGGUCUUGUCCAACAAGUGGAUCCUCACCGCGGCGCACUGCGUCUACGGCCACCCCGUGAGUUCGCUGGGCGUCCGCGCCGGCACGGACAAGCUGCAGAUGGGCGGGUCCCUGGUGGCGGUGCGCGCGGCCAGCGUGCACCCCAAGUACGUCCACGGCAUAUACGACAGCGACGUGGCCGUGCUGGAGCUGGCCUCGGCGCUCAGCCUGGGCGCCACCAUCAAGCCCGUGGUGCUGCCGCCGAGCGGCAAGGAGCCCCAGACCAACAUCCCCGUGGUCGUCAGCGGCUGGGGGCUCACCACGCCCCAGAAGCGCAUGCUGUGGCGACACCGGUCCGCCGCGAGCCCCGCCGCCCUGCUCGGCCCCAACCUGCCCACGCAGCUGCGCAAGGUGACGGUGCGCGUGGUGAGCAGGACGACCUGCCACUCCUCGUACAACGCCGUGCUCACCAGCAGGAUGAUCUGCGCCGCGGCGCCCGGCAAGGACGCGUGCACUUACGACAGCGGCGGCCCCCUGGUGGACGGCUCCGGCGUCCAGGUCGGCAUCGUGUCCUUCGGCCACGGCUGCGCCCAGGCCCAGUACCCCGGCGUGUACACGCACGUGGGCAGCCCCGACGUGCGCAGCUUCAUCAAGAGCAAGACCCACCUCUAAGCCGUCAGCACCACACCGCCCCGGUCGAACAGACAAAUAAAAACGAUAUGGUGCUGAACAAA